AUGAAGUUCACACUCCAGACCGUCCUCUUCGCCCUCACCAUGGCCAUCGGCGCCAGUGCCGCAGCAGUGGAAGACCCCUCCUCGGCCGCCGCCCGCCGCAACGUCCUCCUGAUGGAACGCCAGGGCGCAAACGCCAACCGUCCUGUCCCCAACGGCGCCUGCUGCGUCGCCAACACGAGCUUGAAGCAAGACGUCUGCAACGUCAACGGCAAGACCGGCCGCUGUGUCCCCGAUAACAUCAACAACUGUGGCAGUAGCUUGACGUGCAUCGAGGAUAGUAGGCUGGAUUGCGACCCGAAAACCCUUGAGCGUGGCCGUCCCCUGUGCCGCCGCAGGCAGGGAGCGUAA